CCCUCCUUUCGAGUCCAAUCGGCAAUCGCUCGCUCAGCCCAAAGCAAAAUGGCAGGACCCGAGCCCAUCGGCCAUCGGCCAUGGCUCUCCUCGCCGCUGGACGACGACGACCCCCUCUCCGAGAUCCUCCGUCGCCUCCCGCCGCGCCCCUCCUCACUGCCGCAGGCCUCCCUCGUGUGCAAGCGCUGGCGCGACCUCGCCGCCUCUCCACAGUUCCUCCGCGACUUCCGCGUGUUCCACCGUGCGGCGGCGCCCCUCCUCGGCUUCUUCCACAACACCAACCUCGGCGGCCCCGACCGCCGCUUUGUCGCCGCCGCCGAUCCGCCCGACCGCGUCCCCGCCGCGCUCUUCCGCAUGCCGUGCGGCCGGAACCACAAGGAGUGGAAGUUCCUCGACUGCCGCCACGGCCGGGUCCUCCUCAUCGGCUCGGUGGGCCCCCGCCGCGAGGUCCUUGUGUGGGACCCCAUGACCGGCGCGCGCCGCUGCACGCCCGUGCCCCCAGAUGCAGGAGACGUCCGCCAAGGGGCGGUGCUGUGUUCCUGCGGCCUCGCGCGCGACUGCCGGUCCAGCCCCUUCCGGGUAGUCCUGGUUUGGUGGAUUGGGACGACGCAGCAUUGGAGGGUCGCCGCCGCCAUCUACUCGUCGGAGUCCGACGCAUGGAGCCACGUAAUCUCCGUAGAGACGCAGCUCGCACCAACCGUUCUAGUGACACAGAGGAACGCGCGGAAGCCCGGCGUUCUCGUCGGCGACGCAGUGUACUGGUUGCUUCCGGAGAGCCGCAUCCUCGAAUUCGACACAGUGAGGCGCAGCCUGUCCUUGAUCUCGGGGCCAGUGCACUCAGCAGGGUCUCCCUACUGGCAAUCCCAUCUUGUGCUGACUGAGGUUAAGGAGCUUGGCUACGCCAUGUUCAUGGUGACAGAAGUUAGCAUCAAGCUGUGGAAGAGGGACACUGGCAACGCUGCAGGAUGGUCGAUGCACAGGUCCGUUCGACUGGACAAGUGCCUCCCGAGGAUGCCGAUGCAGGCAAAGCCGUCAUUGCUGGGGUUUCAUGAGGAAAGCAAUGCAAUCUUUGUGUGGAUUAAUGCUGGCUUGUUCUUGAUCCAGCUUGAGUCGAUGCAAUCAAGGAUGUUAUGCCAAGGUGUUGGUGACUUUGAGAUCUAUCCCUUUUCAGGCUUCUAUCAUCGAGAUGCCGCGGGAACACAGGCAGACGAUGCGUGCAGUCAUGCGCUUCCCAUUGCCACUCUGACAAUGUGGCACUACGAGGACCCUCAGGGAGACUUGCACGGGCCAUUCUCGAUGGCGAUGUUGCACAGCUGGAGGAGCAAUGGUUUCUUCCCUGAGGACUUGAGGGUGUGGAGAACCGACGAGACCAAGGAGCAGGCGGUCCUGCUGACCGAUGCCAUGCGGAUGCCAUGCUAUUGAUGGCGCUGGCGCGUUUCGGAUCCGAGGGUCGCCAGUGGAGCAGUGAGUGAUUUGGUAAUCCUUGUGUUAGUGCCUGCCUGCCUGUCUUAAGUUCUGGAGCCUGAUCUUGGUGAAUUUGGUGGUCGGUGAAUGUGGUUUCUAGUACUUCAGGGAGGCUCAUUUGCUGUUUCCUUCCUGUUACAAACGUUACAGCCAGGCUAUGUAUGUUACCUGCUACCUGCUUCCGGAGUUGUUUGUUAAUCGACUUCAGGUAGUGUUUGGUUGGCUCAAAUGUAAUGUAAUCUGAUUACUGAAGGUAACGAAUCCUAUUAUAUAUGUUUGGUUGCGAUGGUUUGCAAUCAAUUGACACUGUAA